UCCCGCGCGCGCGCGCCCAGCGAGGGCCGGGCCUCGCGGCCCCUCCGCCCCCGCCCGCCCCUCCGCGUCCCGACCGGCGGGGCGGGGCCGUGCGCCUGCGCGGAGCCCGCAGUCCGGCGGGGCCGCAGCCGCUGGGGGCCGGCAGUUGCCGUGGGGACCGCGGGCCCCUCCCUGCUCCGCUCCGCUGCCCCUCGCGUGCCCCACCGAGGCGCGGCCGACCCCUGGCCUCCCUGCGGCCGGUCCGGCGGAGCCGCAGCGGCGCCCCGCGAGAGGCGGAGCCGCUCCCAAGAUGUCGCAGACGGCCAUGUCCGAGACCUACGAUUUUUUGUUUAAAUUCUUGGUUAUUGGAAAUGCCGGAACUGGCAAGUCUUGCUUGCUUCAUCAGUUUAUUGAAAAAAAAUUCAAAGAUGACUCAAAUCAUACAAUAGGAGUGGAAUUUGGUUCAAAGAUAAUAAAUGUUGGUGGUAAAUAUGUAAAGUUACAGAUAUGGGACACAGCAGGCCAAGAACGAUUCAGGUCUGUGACGAGAAGCUACUACAGAGGUGCAGCGGGAGCACUGCUUGUCUACGACAUCACCAGCCGAGAAACCUACAAUGCGCUUACUAAUUGGUUAACAGAUGCCCGAAUGCUCGCGAGCCAGAACAUUGUCAUCAUCCUCUGCGGGAACAAGAAGGACUUGGACACUGAUCGGGAAGUCACUUUCCUGGAGGCCUCCCGAUUUGCUCAGGAAAAUGAGCUGAUGUUUCUGGAGACAAGUGCGCUAACAGGGGAGAACGUGGAAGAGGCCUUUGUACAGUGUGCAAGGAAAAUACUCAACAAAAUUGAGUCAGGUGAGCUGGACCCAGAAAGAAUGGGCUCGGGUAUCCAGUACGGAGAUGCGGCCUUGAGACAGCUGCGGUCCCCCCGCCGUGCGCAGGCCCCGAGCGCACAGGAGUGUGGCUGCUGAGGCAGCUCGGCGCACAGGGAUCCGGGUACCGUCUUUGUCUUCUCUGCUGGGCUGAGAUGUCCUUUGAAAAGGGUGCCUUCUGUGUGCCCCGGGCCUGGCACAUAGAAGGGACUGAAGUGCUUGUGAAAAGAACAGAUGAUCGGAGUUCGGUUUGUUCCCAAGUCCUUCUAAAGUACAUGGACGUCAAGCCUAUCCACUGCAAGGUGCCUGUUUUACAAAGUCCCCUAAAAAGUGGUCAUAUGAUCCCACUCAGUCCCUUCCUUCCUGGGAGGGAGCCUCUUAACUCCUAGAGCUCAUUUUCAAUUGACAUCACCGAGAUGGUGAAGUAGGAGGCCCCAGCCGCCAUCCCCCCACCCACCCGCCCAAAGACCAACAAUUAGCUAUCUGCAAAGAUAAACAGCUCUGAGAGAGCUCAAGAGUCUACUUAAGAAAAUUCAGCAACUCAGUGGUACAUAAACCUGAGAAUAAUGACACAGAAAUGGAAGGAAAAAGAGCUUCGUUUUGUCUGCAGUCUCCCAUCCCCUAGGCAGGCUCUGCUCAGCCCCAAGAGGAACCUCCCAGACUAGGAAGAGUUCCCCACCCCAGGAAAGGGCGUGGGCAUGACCAGCUUCCCCAGCCUUUUGGGGCAUCACACAAAGGACCUGUUGAGUUUAUCCCACUCAGAGACCAGCAAAGCUGAGACAGAAGAGUGUCAGCCAUGCAGCUGUUAACAACUCUGGUUCCUAGUGCCCUGGUCCACAGGCCUCUGCAGCUUUCCCCAUGGGAAUUCCAAUCCCCAGCCAUCUGCUACCUGCUCCCCACCCUCCCCUGGCCCCACCCGAGCCCAGGAUCUGGACUGGCAGCCUACCCAGACCUCUGAAUCUACACGGUGCCAGAUACCAGCCUAGGCCCCUGAGGUUGCCCUCCCCUGCUAGAUGCACACUUGUGACCUGCCCCUUCCAGCCGUGUACCUGCACACGCCCAGGCUGAUCCCCAUCGCCAGCUUCCACUGCUGGGUACAUGCCUGUGGGAAGACGCUGCAGCCCUGGGGGAGCACACCACCUGCCUGACGGGCCCACACUUGGCCCAGACCCUUGCUACCGGCUCUGUUCCCCACCACCGUGUGUGUCUACAGCCAGCCCCUGCCACUACACGUGCACCUGCAGCGGGCCUCCCCAGCCAGAUGUGUGCGUGCCUCGAGCUCCCGGUCAUCACUGCUUCCUGCCCUGAUCAGCGGGCCUCCCCAGCCAGAUGUGUGUGUGCCUCGAGCUCCAGGCCAUCCCUGCUUCCUGCCCUGAUCCCUAGAUGCUGAACCUGGAGGUGCCGCUGGGGAACCCACCAGCCCUUGCAGACACUGCAGACCCCCCACAGUGCUUGUCAGGAACCACACAGUUGAUGCUGUGACCCUCCAUGACCUGAGUCAAUGACACAGUAUCCCUCCCACCCAGACACAAGCCUGCACUUGACACCCUGUACCACUGGGCCUGGGUCACAGCAUGUUCCAGCACAUCCCCACCUAAGGUGAAGGUCUUAUACCAAAAUCAGCUCAUAAAGUUUGGGUGAGGUAACUGCAUACACACCUAUGCAAGACUUCAGGGAUCACAGAGAAUCAGGGAGUCAUGAGACCAGCAAAGGAAUAUGGCAGACUUCCAGCAACUCUCCCUAAAGAAAUGGGGAUACAUGAGUUGCCCAACAAAGAACUCAAAAUAAUUGUUCUAAAAAUGCUCAGAGAGCUACAGGAGAACAUAGAUAAAACAGUUAACAAAAUCAUGAAAGCAAGAACAAAAUGAGAAGUUUAAUAGAAAGCAUAAAGAAGAACCAAAUUUUGGAGCUGGAGUACAAUGACUGAACUGAAGAACUUAAUACAGAGCUUCAACAACAGACUAGAUCAAGCAGAAGAAUCAGUGAGCUUGAAGACAGAGCAUUUGAAAUUAACCAAACAGAAGGGGAUGGGGGAAGGAUGAAGAGAAAUGAAAAGCUUACAGGACUUCUGAGACACCAUUAAGAAACAGUCUGCACAUCAGUGGAGCCCCAGGAGAAGAAGAGGGGGAGGGAGGGCAGGAGGCUUGUUUGAAUAAAUGAUGACUGAGAACUUCCCAAACCUGGGUAGGCAUUGGGACAUCCAAGUUUCAGUCUGAAACACUCUUCUCCAAGACACAUUUUUAACAAAACUGUCUAAAAUCAUAACUCCCAGAGCAGCCUCUUCAUUUGUGACUGUUGGCUUCAGUGCAUAGUUAUCCAGUUGUUUACAUUCUAGGUCAACAGCCUUACUGUUUAAUUUGGAUCAGCAUUUCUUGGAAACACUAUCUGUCCACUCUUAGUUGGCCUCUUGUUAUGUGACAGCACAGCCUGUGGGCAAGCAGUUGUCCAGGAUGCUGUCUGUCUGCGCUGACCUGUACAUGAGGCUGUGAGGGGCAGCUGAGGAGGUAAUUGUCAAUAAAUGUCUGCUUUCAGGCCUAGACCCACUUAGCUAUCCAAGACUUGCAGGAUGGGUCAUCAAUGCUUGGGGUGAAAUGUGUGAAACCUCUCAAUUUUGUUAACACACACUCUGUUACAGUUGACAAGUCCUUGUGUUGAAGCAGAAGCCAGAGCUAUAAAAACGAACUGCUGCUCUUUCAAAGCAGUAUUAGAGGAAUGGCAAAUAGUAGUUUCCCUACUCUAAUUUUAAGAUAAAAUGGUUUCACCUGAAGCUUUUAAAUUUGUUUUUCUAUUUAGGUUGUUUAUACCUGUUUUUAGCUGAUUUUUCCAAUGCUAGUCCUACCUGAGCUGUGAGAAGUCUACUUUUGCACUUGGAGAAAUUCAGUACCCAAGUGCUGCUUUUGUUAUUCACUGUGUCUCCGAUCAAGGUAUAGGAUUUCGUGCCCACUUUUCUUUUCUUCCUUAAAAAAAAACAAAAAACAAAAAAACCCCAGUUUAUUGAGAAAUUAUGGGAGAAUUUUUAGUUUAACACUCAUUUUUCAUAUUGUCAUUUGAAAUGUCUUUAACUGAGACCUGAAGGGGCAUGGCACUUUUUACACUUUAAAAGUGUUCUCACAUGUAACAUUCUGAUCGAACCUUCAAAACAGCCCUUUGCAGUGGCACAGAACAGACAGUAGGCCCAUUUCACAGCCCAAGUGCCUGAGAUGCGGAGACAGGGGCCACCACCCCGAGGACGUGGACGGCAGGCCCAGGGGAAGCCCUGGGCUCCCCCGGGCGGCACCGUCAGACAGAGCACUGGGUUUUCUGUUGACUGGAAUCUUCUUUUUUUCCUUCAAAAUUGAUGGCAAUUUCAAACACAUGUUUAUUGGGAUUUCAAGAGCCAUAAAACAUUCUUUUUUAAUAAUUAAUUUAUUAGUUUUAAUUGGAGGAUAAUUACAAUGUUGUGAUGGUUUUUGCCAUACAUCAGCAUGAUACAACAGGUAUACAUCAGUCGCCCCCCCAUCCUGAUCCCCUCUCCCACGUCCCUCCACACCCUAACUGGUAAGAGCAUUUUCCAUGUUUAAAAUGCCUUUAGUGCUAAGCCAUUCGAGGUGGGAAACAAGUUGAAGCCAUGCUUUACAGAGAAGUUUGCAAGUUUGAUAACUUGUUUUAUUGUCCUUGCCUUCAACACAUUGAAAAUACCAUCAAUUGAAAAUGCACGACUGAAAAUGCAUGCCGACUGGUUUUCAGAACGCUUGUGACAAUGUUCUUGUGUUUUGUGGUGAAAGCUAUAUCGCGGUUGCUGUGGGUCAGAUGUUACUCUAACGGUGAGGCCCUGCCUGAGGGCCUGUGCUGCGGCCAUGGCCUUCCCGGCCUGGGGGUGGUCUCUGCCUCACAGCCCUCCCCGCUGCAUGCACUGUGUGUGGUUACUGUGGCCGCAUCCCUGUGCCGUCUGCCAAUAAAGUCCUGCCGCCGGCCCUCAUC